GUCACCAUGACACCAUGAUAAAGCCGGUGGUGGUGCCGGAGGAGGCAUCACAAGAUCAGUUGAUGUUAGUGGUGGAGGUGGGCAAGGUUAAGUUAGCUCUACCCCCUAGACUCAGUAAGAUUGUCCAGCUUUUUAACGAGGGACACCACGCUAAAGUGAACGGUCAAUGUCACGUGGUAUACGACCAAGAUCACGUGUUCGGAGAGCUGGGAUACUCUGAUGGUAACCAUAGCAAUGGAACCAGCACUGUCCUUUUAAACGGAAAUGUGGAAGACAAUAGCUCACCAGUGAGGUUAACAAACGGUUAUCACACACCCAGCCCAGAUCUAUCAGAGGAUGGCUACCCUGUAACUACCACCAGAGAGAGACGGGAUUACAGAGGCCUUGUCAAGGUGCACAAGAGCAAGAGGAAGUUGCCGGAUCUUCCCACCGAUCCUAAGAUGAGCAUCUUCAACAACAUCGACAGGCUUGGAGUGCUAGAAGCGGAGCUGGAUGUGAAAAAGUUGGAGGUAAAGAUCCGGAGACAGCGUCAGAAAGUAGCAGCAGAGUUCAGAUCCCUUACUCCGGAUCAGAGGCGGGAACUGGUCGUGGAGAGCCCUUACCUUCAAAAGCAAAUCCAGCGAGCAAUGAAGAGCAGGGUAGUUAAUCGGAGCAGCACAAUCGCAGAUAUCUCAACAGAAUCAGAAGACAGCACAACCCCAGUAUCAGCCCAGAAUUCCAUAGCAGCAUCGCCGUGUAGCGCGACGUCAUCACCAUGCAACGUGACGUCAUCAUUUAACCGCGAUACGUCAUUUUCAUCCUCUAUCAGUACAGUGACCUGCAGCACACCCAAGCACUCGCCGCCGGAACCCCCAGAUAUCCUGUUCGACUCAACGCUGGAUUUGGACGAUUCACUUGGCGUAGUGACGUCAUGUAACGACCUCAUAGGGUCCCAGAAUAUAGCCCGGUCUACGCGGAGUCCGCUACCUUUACCACAAACACUAGAGGACGAGAUAGUUUCAAUUUGCUCGUCAGGUCCAGAUAACCAGUUCAGCACUCCAACCACAACCCCCACUCCCCAACCCUCCUCCUCCUCCCCUUCACAAGAAACAGUUAUCAUUAGCACCAAUCCUCUCCCUCAAGUAACUACUUCAGACAAACUGUCCUCUCAAAAUGACAUGCCAUCCCCACCACCAUCAGAUAUAAACUCCAGCCCUGAUCACCAGCCACAGAUUAGCUUGGUUGAUGAGCCGCUCAUAUCGCUGGACGAGGAAGAACUGCCACCAUAUUCCGAGCAUGAUUUGACUUUUGUAACACCCCUCCCGCCUUCGCUUCACAGCUCGUAUUCUACUGAAGCACUGGAGAUCAGUCAUACCCCAACUCAUGAUCAGCCCAAAAAAGUGUUGUCAGACAGUCAAGUCAGUGUGGUCAGUGUACACACGCCUGUCAGUAACCAUGACGACCAGGUCGCGCAGCAACCCUGUGCGCGGCGUGCCGAGCUGUGUACUCCCAUACAUUCUGUUUCACUUUCAGCAUCCGACAGCCAGCUUCACAAGAAGAAGGUAGGAGAGCAGGAGGAGAGUUACGAGAGGGCACAGAGUGUCCCGUAUGGUAUAGAGAGGAACAGUGCAUCCGACGUAGAGAACAUCCUCGCUAAGAAGUUCAUAAAUCAGAAAAAGAGCUAUAGCAGUAAGUCUAUCUCGGAUAAGCUGGAGGAGAUCCAGUCAAAACACUCUCCGAGAUCCUUCCUUAACAACUCUUGCUCACAGGACGUGAGUUCGUACACUCUAUCAUACGAGGAUAACUUAGGAGAUAUUGGCAAUCUUGUGGACGUGAAUAACCUGUAUGAUGACGUAAUAACAAGUGACGUCAUCAACGGUGAGGCCGUGGAAACGGAUGCUGGAUGCAAAGUCGCGGUACAGCUGGAUUUCGAUUCAGAUGAUUUUGUGACCCACAUGAACGCACGCAAUGAGAAAGAGAACAUUCUCAGUAACUUGGUCUCCCUGGAUACGGGACUUUGCUCCGAUCCAACAGGAACAAAAUCACGCGAAGUUAACUUGGAAACUGAAAGUGAUCGGGUGAAGGAGCAGAGAGAUCUCAGGCUUCUCAAGGAACUCGAAGACGAGAAUAAGACUAAUGAUAUUGUAGAUCGACUGUCGAGUCUGGUCCUGAACGACAUUAUCAGUUCCUACACGGAUACCUUCACCCCACCUCCCCCUCCUUACGUCUCUACUAAGGUUGAGAUGAGAGUAGCCCACUCUACAGAUGAUGUACGGGACAUUGCAGAUCAAGCUGUCAACUACUUCGCUUCCUGUGUUAAAUGUGGCAAGCCCAUCGACCUUAACAGAGAACCAGAUUCUAUCCCAGACUACGCGGACCCAGUCUCAUAUCGAGCCUUCUGUAAGCUCCUUACUUGUCAGGCUCAUGAGCUCUUCAUGCAGGCAGCCACUCAUUUUAACCUGCUCGGAUCCCCCGUCAAACCUCCGCCCUGGAUUCGAGAUCAGAUAAAGCCGCCUCAGCCGCCCUGGCUCCUUAAACACCGGCGAACUAAACCCCACACUUUAGAAAGUAUUAAACCUAUGAUAUGUGAGGAAGUGGUGGCUGUUACCAAUACCCAGUUCUAUUCUAUCGAGGCAAUUUUGUCUAAGGAGGUUGUACAGGGGGAUGCGCUUUGGCAGGAUUUCAACAAAGAUGAAGUAGCCAUGAAGUUCCGACUUGCAGAUAUCCUCCUGGUAAACCUCCUUCAAGAUACCGUCAAUUCCUUUAAACGUGUAGCCUCUAAACAGAACAAGCAGACCAGUUCGCCCAACCAGACCUUAUUUGAUAAAACAGAUUUUCACGUUCCGACCCCUAGACAAAGGUUUUCCAGACAACGGACGUUAAGCUUUUGAAAUUAUUAUUUAUCCGUUUACACAAAGUUAAAUUAUUAUUGGCUCAGAUUUUCAGUUGUCCGAGAGAUUAGUCAGAAAGCACAUAUUUCCAGAAUUCUGUUUUUUGUUGGCCGAUUUAUUUUUAUAAUUUCAGUCCUGCGUUUUAAUUAAUAAUAAUGAUUUUAUCCAACGCGAAAUAAUUAUGAUGUUUUAACGUGUUGACGGAUCAGCUGCAGAGCUUCUUUAUUUAGCUAAUUAUUUAUAUUCUAUUUUUAUUGACUGUUAUUUGAAAUUGCCGUUUUUAAAA